ACAGUGCGCAUGUUCUGGCCAGUCUCUCCCCCACCCCACCCAGGUUCCCCAACAGCUCCACGAUUAUUGGUACUCUGGUGUCUGGAGCGCUUGGUUGUGUGUGAAAGCUGUCUCUCACAGCGACGCUGUCCUGACUGAGUCUACAUAGGAGAUCCAAUUGGUUAUUCCGUGCUGGCAUUUCGUGCGAAUAUUUAUGAUCGCUUUGUGAUUAGUUUGUAUAUUCUAGUUAAAUGGAAAGGUCAUACACAAUAACUAGUAAUAACCAUUGAUGAUAAUUGUUCAAACUGGUGUUAAAUAUGCAUAUAAAUGUAAAACUUAGUGAAAAGUUCGGUUACAUUGCGUUUUACCCAAAGAAUCAAAUAGUCGUUUAGAUUUUUGUGGAUAACUCUAUUUGGUUUUGACAGAAAAAAAAGGAAAAUUAUAGUUUGGUGAUUAGGGAGAGAGUGGUGGGGAAGGUGAGAGAGGGCAGUCACCAUGACCAACUGCAGUAACAGCUGCAGUAACAGCAGGAGGCACCACAUGUUUGCCCACCUGACCCUUCUCCUGUUCCUCGCCUGCCCAACAUAUGCUCCAGGAGGGGAGAGUGACUUCAGUGAGCCAGAAAUCACCUGGGGUCAGCCUAACACACACACUGCUUACUUCGGUGACGUCUCUCCCAGCAACGUGACGGCUGUAGUGGGCCACAAAGCCACACUUCCCUGUCGCGUUCUUCACCUCGGCAACAAAGAUGUAUCGUGGAUCAGGCAGCGUGACCUGCAUAUCCUGACAGUCGGUAUCUUCACCUACACCACCGACGAUCGCUUCAAGGUGUACCACCCGCCGGACACGGAGCAGUGGGACCUAGAGAUCAUCCCCGUUACUUUCAGAGACGCUGGUGUGUACGAGUGUCAGGUCUCCACGAGCCCCAAAAUCUCCUUGCCCAUCCUGCUGGGUGUGGAAGUGCAGCAGGCGAGGAUCGAGGGCCCAGCUGAGGUAUACAUACAGAAGGGGUCGACCAUCCGACUGACUUGCAUCGUCAAUACCCAUUCUGACAACGUCGGCGCAGUCACCUGGUUCCGCAACACUCACCCCCUCGACUACGAUUCUCCAAGAGGCGGCGUCAGUGUGGAGAUAGAGAAGACACCCUCAAGGACCACCUCCAAGUUGUUCCUCACACAAGCAGGCAAGAUUGACGGUGGAAACUAUACGUGCGUCCCGCAGUACGCAGACGCUGCGUCCGUGUUGGUGCAUGUGGUGAAUGGAGAAGAGUCAGCGGCUGUCCAAACCGCAGGCGCUAUUGGAGUUACUACUGACCUGCAGGUUCUGUGCUGGUGUCUUCUGAUGCUGCUACUACUGUGUCAGAGACCACGGUGACCCUGUGUCCUGGUUCACUCCAGAGACAUGAUCAAUACUGUAUAACGUUUACAACAGUUGUGAGAUUACAUAUCAAAAGAAGGAACUUGCGGCUUCACUGAUAUUUGCUUCACCGUAAACAAGACAUGAAGACAACUUAUGGCGAGGGAUUUAUCAAUUUCAAGCAUUUUUAUCUUUUACUCAAUUUUUUUUAUCAACACAGUUUUACAAAUCAACAAUGUUUUGCGCUCGGGGGACGGAGGAUCGAGCCUCCACCACGUCUUGCGCUGAAUGACCCAUGUGGAUUUAGCGCUUACCAUUAUUAAAUGAAAAUUACAAAAUACAUAUUUUUAAAAUAUCACAUUCAACAUAAUGUUACAAAACCAUGCUACACAUACAUAUUUAAUCAAUACAUAUAUUAAGAUAUUUUAUAAUAUCUUAUCAUCAACACAUAUUGCAUUCAUUGUUGCAUAACGAAAAGCGAUCAAUACUUAUAUUGCACAUUUAUAUACAUAAAUAUAACAAAUAAAUGCAAAAUAAAAUUAAUUACAAUUAAUUUCACAUAAAUAUAAGUAAAAAAUUAAUAACAGCUGUAGUAUUAUUAGUAACACAAAUAGAAACAGCAACAGCAGCAGCAGGAGUAGUAGUAGUAGUAGUAAUAGUAGUUGUAGUAGCAGUAGUAAUAGUUGCAGUAGUUAUAGUAGUAGUAAUGGUGGUGGUGGUAAAAUAUCAGCGAGUUUUAAAAUUUCAUGAACAUUUUAUCUCUAUGAAUCAAAUGUGAUAUUAUAGUCAGAAAUUUACAGGGUGUCAGGAUGUAUAUAGGCCUCGUUGCAAUAAAGUUCUGUCUCUUGGAGCCUUAAUAUACAUUUAAAAACUUGGAAUAUUUUGCUGGAGCGCAGUAAAAAAUAGCAUUAUCUGUAGGAAAACAUAAGAACAUUUAGUGGCAAAUGUUGUUUUUAAACUAAUCUCUAAUAUUUUUAGUAACAUGUAACAGAUUUUACCCGAGGUAUCGAUAGAAAAGCUCUUUGUCAUCAUACUCCGUGAUUCUUUCUAAGCUUAAUUAUAGGGAUCAAUGAAGCUUAGCUGCUCCAACAGCUAUUCUUUCCAAUUUUGAUGAAGUCUAUUUCCAAGGGUUGAAUACAUGUCUUGGUGCUUCUCGUUCGUCCCACAUCGAGAAUCAACUGAGCGCGCUAGUUGUGCUCGCUCUCGUCUCAGAAAGGGAUACUCUCAAUCUACUCUUUACGACUUUUUGACUAAAAGUGAUUUAUUACACCAUAUAUAUCUUUCUCUGAUAUCUCAUAAGUUUAUUUAUCCCAUAGUUUUAUAAGAGUUUGGCGAGUUUUGUGAAUAUAUUAGCAAUAACGAUAAUGAUGAAAAUUAAAAACA